AUGCAGCAGAAGCAGAGAGGCAGCAGAACAUUGAGAGAACAACGUUGGAGCUCAAAUAUACACUCGAGAAAUGCAGCCUCAGGUGACUCGCAGACCCUGGAGAAGACUUCACUGAACCAGACUUUGGUGAAGCAGCCUCGGGUCCACAGUGUGCGCAGACGCAGAGUCCUGUUUCCGUCCAGGACCAAGAGGCCGAGACCCGGACCUGAACCAGACCUGGUGCAACGAGCACUGCUGCUGCUGUGGGCUCUGCUCUGGCUGCAGGUCUAUGUAGAAGAAACAGAGAUCCAGAGUCCGUCCACAGACCUGCCAGAACUCGAGUCCGAGGAUAGUGCAACAAUCCUGGAUGCAAAUCAAAGUGGAGUGAGGGUGGAGUCCUGGAACACCCACACAGACCCAGACCUUGGUUCGACCAGGACUGAUACCUGA